AUGAGCUUGCAUACUAAAGCUGAUAGGAGGGCUCAUGAUGUCGGGCAAAUCACGCAAUCAAGUUCACUGUAUGUGGUUGCGUCACCUCACCGAUUUUCAUCAUGCUGGCACACUGAGUUGGGGCUCGUCUUGGGCGAGGUAUUGCAUGACCUUUUUAUGUCCGGUGGUGAAAAACCCGUGGGUAUUCUCGCUAUUAUUGAAGAACGGGAAACCGUUACUACUUUCCGAGGAAGCACGAGGCGGGAGCAUUCAUCGGCGUCGACAAAGACGUCACUGUCACAAUACAAUCGUCCCCCGACUCAUGGAUGGAGAGAAGACGCUUACAGUUCCUCCUUAGCUGCAGUACCGAAAUCUUCACAGCAGCCACCGUCUACACCGUUGUACAUUCCACAACAAUUUCAGAUAGCUCCGCAACCAUAUCAAAUGCCACCACUGUCGUUUCUAUACCAAAUGCCGCCACCGUCGGAGAGUCCAACUUCGCCACCGAUGGUCGCCACACAGAAACCUCAUGUACAGUUUUCUCAUUCAUCAAUGUCGGUCUUUUCGCAGUUUUCCCAGUUUUCUAUGAGCGAUGGGAUAGUCAGUGAUACACCUCCAGGUUCAUUCUAUGGAGGUGUUACAUCGUCAUUCAUCCCUUAUCAACAAAAUGGCUUUAGCAAGAUCUCAGAACAUUCUGUUAUUCAUACAUAUUAUAAAGUUGAUAUAUAUGUAAAUAUAAUGAUGGACGAGAGUAUGUCAAAAUUGACUUCAACAUCUGGUGAAUUUAGUGCUGCUUCAGGGACUGCCACAGCAUUGUACCCACAACAGUCUAUUGCUUCAACAAACCAAGCACCCAAUGCAGCAAAGAAGAAGAGAAAUCUACCAGGCAACCCAGACCCGGAUGCUGAAGUGAUAGCUUUGUCACCCAAGACGCUGUUGGCGACAAACAGGUUCUUAUGUGAGAUCUGCAACAAAGGGUUCCAAAGAGACCAGAAUCUGCAGCUACACAGAAGAGGACACAAUCUGCCAUGGAAGCUAAAGCAAAGAACAAACAAGGAAGUGGCGAGGAAGAAAGUGUAUGUGUGCCCUGAGACAACAUGCGUGCACCACGAGCCGUCUAGGGCACUCGGGGACCUCACGGGGAUCAAGAAACACUUUUGCAGAAAGCAUGGCGAGAAGAAAUGGAAGUGCGAAAAGUGUUCAAAGACUUACGCUGUUCAAUCUGACUGGAAAGCUCAUUCCAAAAUUUGUGGCACCAGAGAGUAUAGAUGUGACUGCGGCACCCUUUUCUCCAGAAGGGACAGUUUCAUUACUCACAGAGCGUUUUGUGAUGCCUUGGCCGAGGAGAGUGCAAGAGCAAUUACAACACAACAAAUGAACAGCCUGCAACCCCAGGUCCAUAGCCAUGGCUUCAAUGCCCUCUCGGCUAAAGAAGAAGAAGGUCAUCCUUUCAAUGCAAGAGCUGGAACUGAAGAUAGCAUGAAUCCAACAUGGUUAGAGUUAGACCACCGACUGUCAGAAAACCCUAGCCAAAACAUGUCUGCAAUAGUUUCUUCUCCACACACGUCUGCAACUGCACUCCUGCAAAAAGCAGCUCAAAUGGGUGUCACCAUGAGCCAACAAUCACCUGUAGCCAUGCAAAGUCGACCUUAUUUUGUAGGGUCAACAGCCGGUUCUGGUCUGGGUUUAUUCUCACGUGACCAAGACCUUGGAAGCGGGUUUCCCCAUGGGAAUAAAGCUGCUGCUAUCACCUCUGGUCUCAUGGAACAGUACUCAUGUGCUCCUUUAAAUUCUCUUCUCAAUGAAAUGCUGCGCUCUUUGCCUUCUGCAACUGGGUUUGAAGGGUCUUCACCAUUUGAACAGUCUUUCUAUAGGACAUGGAGCACCAAAGGAAACACCAGUAAUGGUGCUAAUAAGAACAAUGACGGGAAUGGGACGACAAGAGAUUUCUUGGAUCUUAAACCAUUUCCCCAUAGAGAUCAUUUCCCUAACUUAGCCGAGCUUAAUCAUCGUUUCAACACUUCUUCUUCAACAUAUGUGCAACAAAACCGGCACAGUCAAACACCAUGGCAAGGUUAGGUUAUGGUUCUUCAGAUUUCCCAAGCUUUAUAUAUAGUAGCACUAU